AUGUGUCGUAUCUAUAAACUGAUACAAGAGUAUUCGAUUAAAUAACAUGAAGUUUGUUAUGCAUUAGAUAUAAAUUAAGAGCUUAAUAUGUUGGCUAUUUCAUGCAAUAAGAGUAUCAAUAUUUUUGAAUUUAGAAACUUUAAGCUUAACCUUCUUCAAAUUUUAAUAGAACAUACAAAUCUGGUAUUUUGUUUAAGUUUUAUGAAGAAAUCAAAUUAAUUAAUAUCUUGUGGAAAUAACUAAAUUAUAAUAUGGUAAAUCAAUGAAUAUAAAUAAUUGAUAUGCAAAUAAAAAUUAGAAGGUCAUGCGAAUGUAGUUCGAUGUGUUUUAUAUAAUAAUACUGAAGAUCUUAUUAUUUCAGGUAGUGAUGAUAUGAAAAUUAAAUUUUGGCACAUAUCAUAAGAAUGGUAUUGUAGACAAACCAUAGAAGAUCACACAAAAAGUGUUUUAGCAUUAAGCCUUAAUGAAUAAUAAAAUAAAUUAAUUUCAUGUAGUCAUGAUAAGUAAAUACUUUUGUCAGAAAUUUCAGAAUAAACCAAAAAAUGGACUGUAAAGUAAAAAAUUAAUUUAGAGUAAUAUGGAUUUCGUUUAUGCUUUAUUAAUAAUGACAUAUUUACAUUUUAACCUAAUAAUAUAGAAUAGAUGUAUAUAUUUGAAAUUUAAAAUGAAAAAAUUGUUAAGAAAUCAGAACUAAAUAUAUUUUGUGGCUAUGAUAACUACUCCUUAUUUCCUUAAAAGUAUAUUUAAGCAAAAGGUCUACUCAUUAGUAAAAAUGGCUGUUAUGUUCAUAUAAUAAAAUUUGAAGAUAAUAAUUUGUUUACACUAAAAUAAUCUAUUAAUUUUGGAACUUAAAUUUUAUAUGGAAUAGUAAGUGAUGAUGGAAAUUAUUUGAUUACAUGGGAUUAAAUUUCAAAAUAAGUUCAAGUAAGAAAAUAAAUAGAAAUAUGA